AUGGCAACGGUUAAAGCAACUGAGCUGAAAGGUGUCCAAGAAGGUAUUGUAGGUCCCUGGGAAUUACACGAUGUAGCUAAUAUGAAUCAGACACCUCUGCAAUUCUGCUUCAAAGCGAAGGGAGCUACUUAUGGAGAAAAAGGAGAAAAGUCAAUAUGGACUCGGACGACAGGUGAAGGCCAUGAUAAGAGACAGUGUACCGUGCAACUGACAUAUUUGCCGAUGGUGAGCCUCGCAUGA